UGAGAUGUGGAUAUGAAAUGUACCAACACCGGGAGAAAUUCAGUUUUAACGCCGAGUAAUUCAUCUUUACGUGACUAAAAAGUCGUCUGCUCCUUCUCCGCAGCCAGAUCUAGAACCGAAAAACUUUCCUGCUGUUUGUUUACCGUGUUUUUAUGCAUUGAUGUCGCUGAAAGUUUUCUAGCCGAAGAGGCGAUGUGGGCCGAUUGCGGGUUAGGCUGGGCUAUGGUCAUCCUUCAAGGAGUGGCGCUGUUUCAUAAUGUCAAAGGACAUCCUUCCAUGCCAACUUUCGCAGGUCCAGUUACAAGUCAGACAAUUGCCAAAGGAAGAGACGCCACACUGAAGUGUGUUGUGGAUAACCUAGGAGACUACAGGGUGGCUUGGGUUCACGUGGACAAGCAGACCCUGCUGACCAUUCACACUCACGUGAUCACCAGGAACAAGCGGAUAUCCGUGUCCCACUACAACUACAGGACAUGGCUGCUGCACCUCAAGUCUGUAGAGACGGAAGACAGCGGUUACUACAUGUGCCAAGUCAACACACAGCCCAUGAUCAGUCAGGUGGGCUACCUAGAAAUAGUAGUUCCUCCAGAAUUUGUAAAUGACGUCGUCAACCGAAACAUAUCUGUCGCAGAGAAUGCAAACAUCUCUCUGUCGUGCAGGGCAACAGGAAACCCGAUUCCCAAAAUUAAAUGGAGAAGAGAGGAUGGACAACCCAUCAUUGUCGGACAGAGAAAAGUGGAUCUUUAUGAUGGUGAAGAAUUAGUCUUGCACAAGGUGUCUCGCCAAAGUAUGGGCGCCUACCUGUGCAUAGCUUCCAACGGGGUGCCCCCUGCUAUCAGCAGGAGAAUGCACAUCGAUAUCACAUUCCCCCCUAUGAUAUGGAUUCCCAACCAACUGGUGGGUGCAUCUGAUGGCCAGACGAUAGCACUGGAGUGUAACACUGAAGCUCACCCUGCGGCUACCAACUUCUGGGUGAGGAACGACCACGUCGUUGGCAGCUCCGACGACAAGUUCGAGACCUACCAGGUAGUCAACGGAUACAAGGUACACAUGAAGAUCGUCAUCAAGAACCUGGAGGACAGCGACUUCGGGAUCUACAGAUGCGUGUCAAAAAACGCGCUCGGAGAAACUGCUGGUUCGGUUAACCUGUACAAAGUAAGAGCUACAAGUUCUUACAACAAAAACAUUCCUCCACCAUCCACUCCACCAGAGCAAGGAAUAAUACCAUAUAUCCCAGAUCAACCAGAAGAGGAGGUACCAGAGAAGACAGGUAUCCAAGACAACUUAUCUUUCCAAGAAGAGGAAACAGAAAUAAGUGUCGAGCAAAGCACAGGUACCUCUAGUUCUUCUCUGAGUAACCUAUUUCCACCAAAGGAACAAAUCCUAGCAAUUACACUGCUGCUUCUUGUCCUGUAA